CUCUAGAAGGUUGAGAAUAUCAAAUCUACAAAUACGAGGUAAAUAAAAAGAAAAAAUAUCGUUUUCAAAAUGGCAGCAAACAAUGUACGGAAAGGACGAAACAGGAAAGCACCCGAACAAACUUUGGAGGAAUUACUUCAGAAUAAUGGCCUCGACGAUGCAUACUGGGGACCAUUGUUACGAGAUGUUGGUAUUACAAGUGAGAAACAAUUAAAACACCUUGAUGACAAUUUUCUCAGAGAAUUCUUUAAAAAGCAUGAAAGGUACGAGUGGGAAGGGAACGCUCUAAAAGCUUGUUUACCACUGUCUGAAGAAGAAAAACAGAACAUGAUCGAGAAAAAUGAAGCCAAGACAAAAGAACGACAGGAGAUCAUUGAGAAGAAUGAAGGAAAGAUAAACGAUAUACUAAAGAAACUUGAUGAUGUAACCGACGAAAAGGAAAGAAUGGAUAGAAUGAGAUUCGAUUUCCAAAGUCCGACAGGACAGAAAGAUCUGCACAAAGAGUUAACCAGAAUGGAGUUUUUGCAAAACAAGCUUGUUGAUCGGAAAAUGCCGUCAUGGACCGACCUAGUUACUAAAAUAUCUUCCAGUCGUGUACUGCGAGGAUAUUAUAUUCAGAAAAAACUCUGGGAACGUGUUCUUCCACGCAGACAAAUAAUCGAUAUCCCCGGGGAUGUUGAAGUCCUUGCCCCUAUAUUGAAGGAAACAUACUCAACUUUAGAGUUCUUUAGCGAAGAACAAUCCCUUAGACAUGAUCAUGUGGUAAAUCACUGGGGAUUUAACGCUGCUGCUAAUGUUGGAGUAAUGGGAUUGUUUACUGCAGAUAUCGGAAUUUCCCAUAAAGAAACAGAGGAUGAAUCUAAUGAGAAACAAUAUGAGGAAGGGUAUACUGAGAUCAAGACAACCAGUUACGUUCCUCUUGCGUCUUUCUCUCUGGAAAACGUGCAUCACUCUAUCUCAAAGAAUGCCCUGACAGAUCUUGUUGAGUUAGAAAAAAAACUUACCGAUGAAAACCAGGCUGUUCUCUGUAGAGAAUUCUUUGAAACCUAUGGGACCCACUAUUACGCAGGAACAUAUCAUUUUGGCGGUCGCUACACCCUUCAUGUCAUCUGCAGAAGCAAAAAAGAAAUGAGUCGUAGUGAUUCGCUGAAACUCUCUAAAUUUGCAAUUCAAGGAGGUGUAGGGGGAUUUUUUGCUGAUCUGAUGGGAGGUUUUCGGGUUGAGGGAGAAUCAAGCAAAGACGAAAGCGUAAGCAAAUACAGAGAACACGACGAUUACCGAGUUGAAAAAAAGAUUGUCAAGUGUGGAGGACCCGUGGAGGUAGAUUCUGUUCCACAAUGGAAGCUAGGACUUGCCGAAUAUCCGAGCACUUGGACCGUCAUUGACCAAGACGUGUAUAAGAAUGAAUGGAAAGGCGUCUGGGAACUUCUCACGGACGAGCAUUCCUCAAGGUUCAAGGACAUUAAUUUGGUUCGUUUUGCCCUUGAAUCGGAAUGGGAAGUGGAAUUUAAAGAUAGGAUGGAGAUACUAAAAUCAAAAAUGGAAGAACAAAACAGCAUAUUUGAAUAAAACUACACACAUUCUUAAAUAUGAUUUAAAUAAGAUUUCAGGUUUCCUGAAAACUUUUAUUCUUCACCUCAAACCACGUCUACUACUACUAAAUCUAUAUAGGUUGACAUUAAAAAGGCAGACUUAACCUUCUAUACUUAAGCUAUUAAAAUUAUAUAUGAUAUAAUAUUAUAUAGUACCUAAUUAUAUACAGAUAUGAAAUACAUUAUGUUCUAAAAUUAUUUUUUAAAAAUGUUUGCGAAUUCAGAAUUGAUUUAUUAAUUGGACAAGUUACAUGUAAAAUAUCAAGGACAGUACAAAAUACGAUUCUCACGACGUGGAUCACACACCUGAGUAAAGGUCUAGACCUUGUUUUAUUUUUUUUUAUUAGAUUAAAAUGUUUCUGAUCAUUUACAAAGUAUGAAACUUUCUUCUGAUGCAAGGCUGCUCUAGACGACAAACAGCUCAUCAAAGCGUUUCCUAUCAUGGAUUAAAAUCACGGGAGGGCAAGACCGGUUUUUGAAUACUUUUUACAAAAAAAAAAAAAAAAUACUUUUGCAUAGAUUUACAAAGUAAAUCCCGGCCACUGUGUCAAGCACAAAAAUUAAAAUUCGUUUUAGGCUGCUAUAUUUUUAGCUCACCUGAGCCGAAGGUUCAAGUGAGCUUUUCUGAUCAAAAUUUGUUAGUCGUCUGUUGUCGUUGUCGUUGUAAACUUUUUACAUUUUUAUCUUCUUCUCAAGAACAACUGGAUCAAUUUCAACUAAACUUGCCACAAAGUAUCCUUAGGUGAAGGGGAUUCAAGUUUGUUCAAAUGAAGGGCCAUGCCCUCUACCAAGGAGACAUAAUUAUGAAUUUGAAAAAAAUCAUGGCAUUUUUUAAAAAUCUUCUCAAAAACCAGUGGCCCAGGAAAGAUGAAACUCAUGUUAAAUCGUCCUCAGGUAGUGUAGAUUCAAGUUUGUUCA